GAAGUUCCGUUGAAGAUGAAGAUUCCAGCGAUACUCGUGACGUCCUUACUCGUCUGGGGACUGGCCAGCGGGAGUCCUCAUAAGGAAUCGAAAGCUUCCGCGUCCGCAUCCGCGUCCGCGACCGCGGUUGCUUCCUCCAAGAAGAAUCUCCACCCGUACCCGAUACCGAUACCGUUGAAAAGCGAUCAUGGCAUCGUAAUCGAUAAAUCAAAGUUUAACAUCAGGAAGGUAAUACUGAGCGCGAUCGACGAGAUCAACGGCGCGCCCAAACUCGGUCUGGGAUGGAAGAAAGUCAGUUGGGCUCUCGAGAAUGCCAAGUCGAACGCUCAAGCGUCCGCCGAGGCGGUGGCACUCAUCAAGAAGAUCACCAAAGCCCUCAUCGUGGCUUACAUCAAGGCGGCCAAGAUCUCGGCUCACGCGUCCGCCGAAGCGUUGGCUGCUGCUAAGGCUGCGGCACAAGCGCAGCAGAUUGCCGAAGCGAAGGGUAGAGCGGCUUCUCAGGCACUCUCCAUAACAAUCGAGGCAUCCGCGAAGGCCGAGGCAGCGGCCGCAGCCACGACGGACGCGAUUGAACGCACGUAUCAAGACGCCAGGGCGGCUACUUCCGCGCAGACCAAGGCCAGCGGUGAGGCCGAGAAUGCCAAUCGCGGUGCAGCCGCAAUCCUCGCAGCACUCGUGCGCAUCGCGGAGGCCUCUGCAGAUGCCAACCAAGCCGCUACCAAAGCAUCUGCCUCCGCCGCCGCUGCAUCCGCUUUGCAUGCUAAAGCCAACGCGGCUUCGCAGGCCGCCGCUACAGCAACCGCCCUGGCUAGAACGACGUCCGAGGAGGCAGAAGCCGCCCAGGCAUCCGCUUUGGCAAACGCGCAGCUGGUCCCGAGGUUGGCGGCAAAGGCUAGCGCUGAUCAGCAAGCGGCCUCCGCCAACGCUGAUUACCUUACCGCCAAAACCGAGGCUGAAGCUGCCGCACAGGCGUCCGCCGUCAACGCGCUCAGGGACGGAAUAGUCGUUGGAUUGGGAAAUGAUGCCGGCGCUUCUGCCCAAGCUUCCGCACAGGCCAGCGCUCUCGCUUACGCCAACGGGUACAAAGGGAAAAUCGCGAAGGGUCUGGAAUGGAGUCCUUCGCAAAGUUACGGCGCGUCUUCCGCCAAAGCAUCAGCCAGUGCCUCCUCCCAGGCAUCCUCAUACGGGAAGGGAUGGAGGAGUGCGCGAAUCGCGGAUGCACAACGGGCUAUUUUCACAAAUGGCACGCUACGGUAUAAAAUCGGUGGACGACCGAUCAGCCGGCAUCAAUCUUGCGAAGUAGCUCCCAAGAUGAAGAUUCCAGCGAUACUUGCGACGUCCCUACUCGUCUGGGGUCUUAUCGGCGUCAGCGAGGGAUGGGUCGCUGGGUCGGAAGCGAGCGCGUCGGCAUCUGCGACGUCCUCCGCGUCUAGUGGCAAAUUGACUGCCUCCAAAUCGUCCGCCAGCGCGUCUGCCAGCGCGUCUUCCAGCGCGUCUUCCAGCAGUAAAGGUGGUUGGUUCGACGGUCACUACGGUGACAUUAAAUACAAAGGAAAGAAGAGCGCUGCCGGGAUCGCGAUCGAAGGAGCGAAGGUCGGCACCGGGAUCAGUAACACCGCGUCCGCGUCCGCUGAGGCACUUUCUCGUGGACUCGGCAUCGGACAGGCAGCUGCCGAAGCUCAAGCCGCUGCCGCCGGUCAAGCGACGAUCGCCGCGAAAUCGUGCCAGUUGGCCGCCAAGAGCACCGCUCAAGCGGUCGCCCUUGUCGAGGCGGCUGCCCAAGCCCAGGUAGAGACGUCCAACAAGGCGUCAAUCGCCGUCAAGAAGGCGGCUUUCGCCGCCAAGGCAGCAAAGUUAGUCGAGGAAAAAGUCGCCGCCUUGAGGGCGGCCGCUGGCAAACUGGAUCUGGCCGGAAGAACCGCCGCUGCUGCCGAAGAACGCGCCAACGAGGAAUCUGUAGGGGCCAACGAACGCGCUCAAGCGUCAGCCUCCGCUGCCGCCGAGGCCGAAGCCAAGGCAAACGCCGCUCAGGUGGCUGCUGCCUCCGCCAAGGCCAUCGCCGAGGCUGCAGUUCUCAUCGAACAGGAAGCCGCCGCGCUGGUCCGCAAGGCCCAGAACAGCUAUCUCAACGCUGAAGCUGCCACCACCGCGGCCAGCAAUGCCCGCGUUAUCGCCUCCGCCCAAGCCGAAGCCAGCGCUGACUUGAGUAAUCGCGCGGGUAUCGCACGCUCCGGUGCCGCUGGGGCUGCCGAGGCCAAGGCCAUAGCUACGUCCGCUGGUUCUACCGCCGAGAUCGCAGCCUACAGCUGGGCCAAGAAAGGCGAGAUCAUCGAUCCCGGUCCUCUGCCCAAGAUCGUCAGCGUCACCGCGGCUCUGACCAAGAGCAAGGUUGAGGCCAUCAAGAUCAAAAAAGGUCACGAGAUCGAAAAGGGUUUCUACGGCUACAAGGGUGGCAUCGCGAGUUCGUCGGCGGCCUCUAGUGCCAGCGCUAGUUCCAGCGCCGGCGCCGGCAGCAUCAGCAGCGGCAAGCUGGGUAGUCAGCACUCCGCGUCCUCCGCCUCCGCCUCCGCCGAUGCCGGCAGCAUCAGCAGCGGCAAGCUGGGUAGUCAGUACUCUGCGUCCUCCGCCUCCGCCUCCGCCGAAGCCGAUGCCGGCAGCAUCAGCAGCGGCAAGCUGGGUAGUCAGUACUCCGAGUCCUCCGCGUCCGCCUCCGCCGAAGCUGACAGCUCGGCGUUGAAAGCGUGGUGAACGAGCAACGCAAUUUUACCCGCCCCUGAUACUGCAUUCCAAUGCACACGCGAAAGAGCCUUUUAGCGACGAAUAUUAAUAGAAUAAUAGCGAGACGAAGAUUUAUAUAAUGCGUGCACGAUUCGACAGCAAAAAAUUUACAAAAAAUCGAUUACGUCAGGCAGAAAAUUGUGUAAGAAUGGAAUUAAAUUGUUAGCAGCUAAACUUA